AAAGAGACAUCACUCUUCCCCUCCUUUCUCGCUCCAAAUCUCUCUUUCUCCUUUGUUCCACAUUUUAGUCCACAAAUCUCCAUUUCUGUCGGUGCUCCAAGCUUUUUCUCAAGAUCCAAGUUCUCAUCAUCUCCUCCAGGUACGCUCUGUUCUUCCUCAUUUCCUUCAGAUUCGUUCUCGAUUCCUCUGUGUCACUCCAAUCCAUGCCUCAAUUCCCGUUUCUAUCUUACUAGAUUCGCAGUUUCAUUGUUUCGCUUUAUCAGCGUAAUAUGAUUAUAUAGAUCUUUAGUUGUCCAUGUCUCUGAUUUAGUUUGAAUCCAUGGCUUCUUCAUUCAUCUGAAGAUUCUUCAAUUUCCGUUUCUGACUACUAGAUUUUCACUUGAUUCGCAUUUUGAUUUGGUUUUGAUUCAUCACGAUUCUUCAAUUUUGCUUAUCAUUAUGAGAUGAUAUAGAUCUUUCUCAUUUCUUCGAAAUUCGUUGUAGAUUUCUUUGUGUGUUACUUCAUUCAUCUGAAUAUGGCUUCAAUUUCCGAUUCUAGCUUCUAGAUUUGCACUUGAUUCACAUUUCGAUAAGAUUCGAAUUCUGCAACAACAAUGACAAUUAGCAACGGAGAUGUCAAAUCUGAAACCUGCAACAAUGGCUCUUCUGAGAAGAAACCAUUCAGGAUCUUCGUUGGUUACGAUCCACGAGAAGAUCUUGCCUACCAAGUUUGUCAUCAUUCAAUCACAAAAAGAUCUUCAAUCCCUGUAGAGAUCACACCAAUUAUUCAAUCAGAUCUUCGAAAGAAAGGUCUGUAUUGGAGAGAAAGAGGUCAGUUAGAGAGCACUGAGUUCUCUUUCUCUCGUUUCUUGACUCCUCACUUGUCAGAUUACCAAGGUUGGGCUAUGUUCGUCGACUGUGAUUUCCUCUACCUUGCUGAUAUCAAGGAACUCACUGAUUUGAUCGAUGAUAAAUAUGCGAUCAUGUGUGUUCAACAUGAUUAUACUCCUAAGGAGACUACUAAGAUGGAUGGUGCGGUUCAAACUGUGUACCCGAGGAAGAACUGGUCUUCAAUGGUGCUUUACAACUGUGGACACCCUAAGAACAAGACUUUGAGCCCUGAGAUUGUUAAUACUCAGACUGGUGCGUUUCUCCAUAGGUUCCAGUGGCUUGAGGAUGAAGAGAUUGGGUCUAUUCCUUUUGUGUGGAACUUUCUUGAAGGGCACAAUAGGGUUGUUGAGAAAGAUCCCACCACGCAGCCUAAAGCGGUGCAUUAUACUCGUGGAGGGCCUUGGUUUGAUGCUUGGAAGGAUUGCGAGUUUGCGGAUCUUUGGCUUAAUGAGAUGGAAGAGUACAACAAAGAGAACAAGAAGGAAGCUGAUAACGCAAAGUAGAAAGAAAGAAGUAAGAGGUAUGUUGUUACUUACCAACACGAGUAGUGAACUUCCUUUACAUAGUGUUGGCUUUGUAGAGCCAGGGAUCAUUAGUCUUGUGGAGGGCUAUGGAGUUUUUUUUAAUUUCAUUGAAUUCGUUAAAUCAUUCGCAAACACUAUUAGUACCUAUAUUGAGGUCAUAUGGUAUAAUAACCCUAUUCGUUUGUUUAUUUGUUGUGUUUUGUACCUUUGAUGGUAUUUUAUUUGUAUAAUUGAUAUGUGAAUUUAUGUAGCAUUUCUUUUUAAUUGAUCUAUAAUGAGCAGUAGCUCAACAUAUUUAAAAC